AGGUCACAAGUGAAAGUGACACAGGAUACGUGUGAAAUCAAUAUUAAAUUAAAUAAAGCGGUUUUCAUCUAAAAUCCGUGCAAAUGAAUAGUUCGUUGGGGGUUGAAAAAGAUGACGAUUUGAUCAUAGUGCAUUUACCUAAAACUUAAAUCUAAAAUUAACAAUUCGGAAGCGAUUCAACUUUGAAUGGUACAUUGAUUUGUUGCAAUCAAACAUACUCGCGGAUCUUAGUUCCCAAAUAUAAUUGCUUACAAUUCGAUGAAAACAAUCAGAAGUAUGGGUAAAAUUCCUCGAUUUUGCUGGAAAUCGGUAAACAAAAUGACGAGACAGUUUUGAACGGAAAUCAGUGUGCUAUCUAUCGCUGUGUGAUUUUUUUUAAGGAAGCUCACCAAAAUAAGCGCCAAUAGGAAUAGAAUUGAUAUCAGUCGACUGCUUUCUCGAAAAAAUGUCAUCGAAUCGUGUUGUUCUGUGUUGUAGGAACGCGAGCGAGAGGGGAAAAAACUUCGAAUCAUUGAAAUGAUUGUUUUUGCAUUAAAAUUCAUUGAAAUAGAGAAUUUGUCAUAUCUAAUCCAUAUGAAUUGGAUCGUUCGAAUGGAAUCAUAUGUAAAUUGCACGGUUGAAACGAAUCCAAGCAGAAUAAUGAAUGGAUUGAGUGCAAGCGACUGUAAUUUAUGACUUUGUUAGAUGCGAUGUUUAAUUUUUUUAUAUAAAAUGGCUGACUGGCAUGUUCCCGCUUUUUCCCAGAACGGAAAAAAAACAAAUGGGCAAAAACGAUACGGCAAUUGCUUUGGAUACGAUAGCUACGUUCCGUCCGGUCAACCGAUCUAAAUGGGCGCAUGAGUGUUGAUUUGUUUUUUUUCUAGACAACAAACUGGACCCGAUGCUAUACGUCGAGAAAGAGACUACGCAAUCAGCUUAUACAUAACACGGCGCACAGCGCAGCGCAGCCGUUUCGCCAGCAUAUUUCCUGAUUAUGCUGCUAAGUAAAGCCGAUAAAGACUGUGUGUAUGUGUGUGUAUGUGUGUGUGUGUGUGUGUAUACUAGCGCGCUCAGCUGAAAUAAUAUUUACAGCAACAACAUCAGCAUGACGUUUGAGCGUUGCGAUCGCGUCUGCUGUUCGCAUGGUUGGUUAAAUGCGUUGUUAUUUGCUUAGUGCACAACGUAGAUUGAGAUUUGGCGUUUGUGCGUUCGUUCGUUCGUUUUUUCGUGCAUUCAAUGUUGCGAGCGGUCGCAACAGCACCGGCAACACACCAACUAGAAUAUUGUGUUGUUCACUUUUAUUUGGUCGAACGCUUUGAAUUUUCGAUUAGUUUGUAGUAGGCUCUCGUGGACAACAGACCUAUUUCAAUUCAGUUUUCUCUCUCUCACUGCUCUAUCCAAAUAUUGUGUUUAUUGUGUUGAAAAAGAGAAUAAGAAUUGUUUUAUUAUCUGCUUAUUUUUUGUUUUGUUCGUUGCAUUGACUUAGAACUAUUUCGUCUUUGUGUUCGUCAUUAGAAAGAAAAAAGACCGAGUUAUUACUUUUUUCGCGUGUCAUAUUUUGCAAGAAAUCAACAGCGUACGUGUUUUAAAAAAUAUUGACGGGAUCGAAUUGAACCAUUAGAAAUUUGAAUCGGUUGAGAAUUUCGAGAAAAAAAAACAGAUACACAAAAAUGUCUGCGCAAAUUGUAACCGUGAAAUAUAAUGAAAAUAAUGUGCCCUACAUCAGCCUGGGUGCGCAUGAAAUUCGUUUGGAGAGUGAACAGCCGACGGAAGCGGUGUUGGAAAAGGCUCGAGUUGAACUCCGAGAGCAGCCAGAAAUUACCGGUCCAGCAAUUGCCGAACUGCGUGAAAUGUUGAAAGGUGAGAAGACGCUUCAUGUCCCAACCGACGAUGAAUUCCUGAAAAUGUAUCUCAGACCAUGCAAAUAUUAUCCAAAGAGCGCAUUCGAUCGUAUCAAGACAUUCUUUAAACUCAAACAAAAACAUCCCGAAUUGUAUGAAGACCUUUAUCCAAAUUCAGUUAUUCACGUUUACGAGCAAGAACUCGUUAAAUUGGUUCCAACACGCGACCGAAACGGUUCUCGUAUUCUGGUCAUUCAAUGCGGAAAAAAAUGGAAGCCAAGCAAAUGCUCACUGAACGAUUUGUUCCGUGCAAUUCAAGUGGCAAUUGCCGCAUCAAUGCUCGAACCAACCACACAAAUUUGCGGUGGAUGCGUCAUUUUGGACUUUGACGGUCUGUCGUUGAGCCAUAUCAUGCAAUUUACACCAUCAUUUGCAGCACUUGUUCUUACAUGGGUUCAGGAUUCCUUGUCAUUGCGAUUGAAAUCUGUGCAUAUUGUCAACAAUUCGUACUUGUUCAACAUGCUAUUUGCUAUCUUCAAACCAUUCAUUCGAGAAAAAUUGCGCAAACGUAUUCAUUUCCAUGGCAGAGAUAUGUCAUCGUUGCAUCGUCACUUUGAUGUCGAGUGUCUUCCAAGCAUGUAUGGAGGAAAAGUUGAUAUUCCCGACGGUACUGGCGUUGCAUUGGGCGAUCUAUUCCGAUUGUAUUCAAAGGAAUUCGAAAUGGCAAAUUCAUUUGGCUAUGAUUCACCGGCUCGUAAUUCACUGUAAACAUUUCAUGACAUCGUAAAAUCUGUGAUAGAAUUUAGAAACACAACAAUAUAUCCAUUGAAACGUUCCCAAGGAGAAAUGACGAAAAACGACGACGAAUUUUUUUGAUGUUUAUCAAAGAAUUAGUCCGACAACCAUUGAGAGAGAAAAAGUGUGAAGAAAGACUAUGACAACCAACGAGAAAAGACCCUAUUCCAAAAAAAAAACUUACAUAUUUUUACUAUACACGUACUUUAUAUAAAGAUAAGGGAAAUAUUUUUUUUAGAUUUUUAAGUCCUUUCUACUUUUCUUUUUAUUAUUCUUGAUUUGAAAUUUUUCUUUUGUUCUUUUCUGUUAGUAAUCAAUCGAAACGAUUAGUUUCGAAUUAUUUAUGUGUGUUGAUUGAAUUAAUCAUCAUUGCAUUGCUACGAUUGGUGUUUUCAAAGAAAUUUUAGGAAAGAGAAUUA